AUGGAGGACUUGCAGCUGCUAUUAAAUUCUGCAUCUACGGCUGCCGCCACUGCAACCGCCGCCGCCAUGAUUGGUCUCACGAAAAUUGCUGGGAUUGCGGCAGUGGCAUCGACUGCCACAGCUGCAGUUGUUGGCGGAAGGGAUGCUCUACAGUAUGUCAAUCAUUUCAUUGGAACAAACAAUGGAAUACACGCCGGACACGUCUUUCCCGGAGCAAACCUGCCUUUCGGCAUGGCAAAAGCGGUCGCGGAUGUCAACGGCGACCACAGGCAAGGUGGCUUCAGCUUGACAGAGGCUGGUGUGACGGGUUUCUCCCACAUGCAUGACUCUGGUACUGGAGGAGGAGCAUCACUGGGCAACUUCCCUCUCUUCAUUCAGGCAGGAUGUCCCGGCGACGAGCUCAAUCGCUGUAAGUUCAACAAGAAAGACCGCGCCGUGAACUACACCGCAGGCACGCCAAUGGCUCAUCCUGGUUAUUUCUCGAUUCAGCUCAACACAAGCAUCAUUGCGGAAAUGACGACUACAAACCACACCGCUCUAUAUCGCUUCACUUUGCCUGAUGUGCCCGUGCCGCCUUUCAAUCUCACUGGCAUAAGCGAGCCAGCUCCGCUGAGUCCAAUGAUCUUAGCAGAUCUGACGGAUCUCAGUGACUCCAGAAUCAACGGCACAGCAAGCGUUGAUCCUACCACCGGCCGAAUGACAGGGAGUGGUCAAUUUCUUCCCACGUUUGGUAUUGGCAACUACUCGCUGCAUUUCUGCGCGGACUUCAGGGGGGCCUCUGUGCGAGAGACAGGCGUGUUCGUAAACAAUCGAGCAGGCUCAGAGCCAAAGACUAUCAAUAUGGUCGACGAUGGGCUCAAUAACUCUCCUGAAAUACUGCCUGCUGGCGUAUAUGCUUGGUUUGAUGCUCCAGAACAGGACAAUCAGAUUCUUGCCAGGGUGGGGGUUAGCUUCAAAUCCGUGGAGCAAGCGUGUGGGCAUGCGGAGCGCGAGAUACCAGACUUCGACUUCAAUGCAACGUACAAUGCCGCAGAGGCCGCCUGGGCAGACAAAUUUUCGGUGCUCUCUGUCGAUACAGGUGCUGUGAACAACUCACUACAAUCGACUUUCUGGUCCGGAUUCUACCGGGCCCAUAUUUCGCCACAGGACUAUACAGGUGAGAACUAUCUGUGGGAGUCCGAUGAGCCAUACUACGAUAGCUAUUACUGCAUGUGGGACUCGUACCGCGUCAUCCACCAAGCCAUUACGCUUUUCGAUCCGUGGUCGCAGACCCAAAUGAUCAGAACCCUCCUUGACAUUUAUCGACACGAAGGCAAACUGCCGGAUUGCCGGAUGUCCCUGUGCAAAGGCUUCACCCAAGGUGGCAGCAGCGCUGAUAUCGUCUUAGUGGACGCCUUCCUCAAGAACAUUACUGAUGGCAUCGACUGGCAAUUGGCCUACGAAGCCAUCGUUUCAGACGCCGAGGAAGAGCCCCUCAAUUGGGCCGUCGAGGGCCGUGGAGGCCUGCUUUCGUGGAAGUCGCUCAACUAUAUUCCUGCUGACGACUUUGAUCCAUACGGCACAGGGCUAUUUACUCGCUCUGCCAGCAGGACCAUCGAGUACGCCUACAACGAUUUUUGUAUAGCAACGAUGGCGAAGGGACUCGGCAAUGAAGGCGACUAUGAGAAGUACAUCGAAAGGAGCACGUACUGGCGGAACGUCUGGAAAGAGGAUCAGACAUCCUUUCUCAACGGGACGGACUCUGGCUUUGUCGGAUUUCUGAUGCCCAGGUAUCUGAACGGGACUUUCGGCUACCAAGACACCUUCACCUGUUCUCUACUACAGAACUUCACAUCGUGCUACCUCAAUCCCGAUGGCACGGAGUUCUACGAGGGAAGCUCAUGGCUUUAUUCGUUCUUGGCGGCCCCUGGCGACAUGGCAUCUCUCAUCGCCGCGAUGGGCGGGCGGGAGACCUUCAUCAAACGCUUGGACUAUUGGCACGAAACUCCUGAGCUCGCUUACAUGGGCAAUGAGCAACCAUUCCAGACCGUAUUCCAGUAUCACCACGCUGGACGUCCAGGCAAGUCCGCCGAGCGAAUUCAUCAAUAUAUACCAUCUCAAUUCAACGACUCGAUUCCUGUUGGAAUCCCUGGAAAUGAUGACUCCGGCGCCAUGGGCUCCUUCGUGGUGUUGUCUAUGAUGGGAACCUACCCAAAUCCCGGGACUGAUCAAUACUACCUUACUCCGCCUUUCUUCCCCGAGGUAAAUCUCACCAAUCGAAUGACAGGCAACACGGUCACCCUACGCAAUGUCAACUUCGAUGCAGGGUAUACCAACAUUUACAUCCAAAGUGCAACGUUGAAUGGUGAAAACUACACGAAGAACUACAUUACCCAUGACUUCUUCCUGGAGGGAGGAAUUCUAGAAUUCACGCUCGGCGCGAAUGAAAGUGCCUGGGGCACGCGACAGGAAGACUGCCCUCCCAGUCUGACGACGGACAAUGGGAUAUGGGACUGA